GGUGAGCAAAAAAUUGUUGAUGUAGCGGGUCCAAAGAAGGAAAGAAUUAAUGGAAAGGAAGUGUCUGAAGAAAAAAUAAUGAUCAAGGAAGAAGGGUUAUUCAAUGUUUUGUUUCAGCGUCAUACUGAAGUGAUGGGAAGUAAGGUAUCAGAACAGUAUGAAAAGGUUUUUAAAAGUAAAAAAAUUCCAAUUAAGACAAAAAUUUCUGAACCUCUUCAAGUUGUUCAUUCGGUAAAAUUAUAUGAAGUACCUCAAAACGUGCAGGAACGUAAAAUAAUGCAGAAGAAAUUGAAAGAAAUACAGCUGAAAAGAAAGGAGUUGUUAGAAAAGUCCAAGCAGAUGGGAAUGGACAAGGUGAUGGAAUAUUUGAAACAGAGGGAGGAAAUGACAGAUAAAAAGCUUAACCUGAAUAAACGAAAAUGGAAGAGAAGGAAGCUAUUAAAGAGUAAUAAAAUGGAACAAGAAGAACGAUUUUGGUGGCUGAAUGAUAAAAAAAGAACGUGCAUUAAAAACUUUUUAGUUGAACAAGUAAUUGAUUCUUGGAAUUCAUGUAAUUUAUCUAGAGAGGUCGAUGGUGUGCAGGAAAUAGAAAAUGAAGUCGAUUCUCAACACGAAUCAAAACAGAGUUCGACAAGUCAAAUUUCAAAGCAGAAAAGUACAGAUUUUUCUUCAGACUUUAAUGUCUUUUUGCAAGUCCCUUCAGAUUAUGAUGAGCAAAAGUUUUUCAGUAUGAAAGAGGAGAAGAAAAAUGGCAGUUCUGAAAAAGGACCAGUAAGCAGAAAGGAACCGAAACCCGCUCCGUCUGACAAAAGCAUUCUAGAGAGUAAGGGAAAAUCAGUAAAGUUCCAAAGGAUGAAAGAAACUGAUGCAAAGUCGUCACUUCAGGAGGAGGAAAGGAAGGAAUAUGUUGUGGCGGAAGAAAUUGCUGAGGACAAUAAUAUAUUAGCGGAUAUUGUUCCUCAAAGAAGUAGUGCAUCAUUAGGGGCUUCUGAAAUCUUCAAAACUGCAUUUGACGAAAUUCCAGAAUAUCUAGAACAAAAUGGGAUUGAAGAACUCAAAACUAAUGUUUUAGAAAGAAAAGCUUUAAAGAAGAUUGAUUUCCUUCAAACCAAGUGGAAUGAUAGAGACAUGGGUGUCAUUGCUAGAAAUUCUGUAUUUAAAUAUGCCUCGGAUCUUAAAGAUUUGCAUGAGUAUUGCUAUAGUGAGCAUACUCUGCUGCAGAGCGAUUACUGUCGUGAAACCAUUGGGGAUAUUGUCACUGCAGCAAUAGAAGCUAUAAAUGAGCAGAAGCCCUCUGAUCCUGUUGCCUAUUUAGCUUGCUUUUGCUUGAAAAAUAAACAUAAAUUUUCAGGAAACUGAAUUCAAAAUACAAAGAACUGUUCUAAAACUCUUAGAGAUCUCAAAAAAUGCUGAUUACUGUGAUAUAUUUGUAAGGGUAUUUCUGUUUCAAUGUCCCAAAUAUUUUUUUACCAUGGAACAGUUUAUUAAACAUUUUUGUUAUUGAUUUAUUAAUUUUGACGUCCUGUUUCUUUGUGAAUAACUUACUGUUUUUAUAGUUGGAGACUGAAGUUAACAAUGCUCAAUCCUUUUGUACCUGUACAUUUGCACUUUA